AUGGGAACCCGCGACGACGAGUACGACUAUCUAUUCAAAGGUGAGAGGAGCGGGGGAAGGAGCGGAUGACGAUGGUGCGGAGGGGGGGGGCGCCUGGCUGGGAGGGGGGCGGCGAAGCCCCGCCCCUACCCGGAGGAGGCGGGGCUUGCCCCCGCGUUCGAAGAGGGAGGAGCUUGCCCAGGGUUCCAAAAGGGAGGGGUUAGCCCAGGAUUCCAAAGGGGAGGAGCUUGCCCCGGGUUCCGAAGGGGAGGAGCUUGCCUCGGGUUGCAAAGGGGAGGGGUUAGCCCAGGGUUCCAAAGGGGAGGAGCUUGCCCAGGAUUCCAAAGGGGAGGAGCUUGCCCCGGGUUCCGAAGGGGAGGGGUUAGCUCAGGGUUCCGAAGGGGAGGAGCUUGCCUCGGGUUGCAAAGGGGAGGGGUUAGCCCAGGGUUCCAAAGGGGAGGACCUUGCCCAGGGUUCCAAAAGGGAGGGGUUAGCCCAGGGUUCCAAAGGGGAGGAGCUUGCCCUGGUUCCAAAGGGGUGGAGUUUGCCUCCUUGAAGCAGGGGGAGGGGCUUGGGGGGCUCUGAGGUGUGUUGCCUUUUUUUCCAAGGAGGGAGGGGGCACUUGCCAAAGGAAGUUGCUUGGUUGAUUGAUUGAUUGGCUUGGUUUAUUUAUAUGAUGCCUUCUUGCAGUUAAGGUAAAGUAAAGUGACCCCUGACCAUUAGGUCCGAUUGUGGCCGACUCUGGGGUUGCGGCGCUCAUCUCGCUUUACUGGCCAGGGGAGGCGGCGUACAGCUUCCGGGUCAUGUGGCCAGCAGGAUUAAGCUGCUUCUGGCGAACCAGAGCAGUGCACGGAAAUGGUGUUUACCUUCCCGCCGGAGCGGUACCUAUUUAUCUACUUGCUCUUUGAUGUGCUUUCGAACUGCUAGGUUGGCAGGAGCAGGGACCUAGCAACGGGAGCUCACCCCGUCGCGGGGAUUUGAACCGCCGACCUUCUGAUCGGCAAGUCCGAGGCUCUGUGGUUUAACCCACAGCGCCACCCGCGUCCCUUCUUCCCGCAGUUAGCUGUGCCCAAAGCGGAUUACAACAAGCAUCAGCUUACGAAAAUGCAAAACAGGUGUGGGGGAGGGGCUGUUUACAAGACCUCCCAAAGGGGGCAGAAAUCAGCAACUCAGUAAACGUGGAACAAAUUUGCCACAUCGCCACCAAAACAACAACAGUGCCUAGACCAGUGUUUCCCAAACUUGGGUCUUCUGUUUUUGGACUACAACACCCAUCAUCCCUAGCUAGCAAGACCAGUGGUCAGGGAUGAUGGGAAUUGUAGGCUGGGGAAAAAAAACAGCAGGAGACCCAAGUUUGGGAAACACUGGUCUAGACUCAAGUGCAUAGUACAUAGCAGGGAAAAGUUGUUGGACUCAAACUCCCAGCAGCUCCCGGGCCCAUGCAACUGCCCAGUGGUGAUGGGAGUUGUAGUUUAUUCCAAAUCUGGAGGGCUGAACGACUUCCCACCACCACAGAGAGUGGAGUGGGGAACGACCCCAACAGUUGCACCUACUGCUUCUGUUCCCCAAGACAGAUUGCAACCAUGGCCUGGUUCCCUUUGGGUGGCGUUCAAAUUAUAAGUUUUUAAUCUUUUUUAGGGUUGGUCAGUGGAGACUGAAGGGCCUAACUUGGUACAUUUUCAUUGAUUGAAAUGGAUCUGCUCGAGUUUUGUUUUUUUAGAAUAGUUUAGUGGCACCUUAGGAGGCUGAUUAGUAGAGAAAAGUUGUGGGAGGAGGGCUGGUCUAGUGUGUGAAAGGGCUGUUGCGGAGAGAAGGGACUUGUUUGCCCCCUCUUACUUUGAAGAGGAGGGGCUCAUGUUUGGAGUGGUGGUGGAAAUCCAGCGGCACUGGGGCAGGGGGGGUUUGGGGGCUUAGAGGAAGAGGUAUGGAGGGGGCUGGAGGCUGAAGAAAGGCAAGGGAGAGAGGCCUAGGCAGAGAAUAUGAGGAGCAGGAGUUGGAACUUGAGAAAGAAAUGGGAAGCGAGGGGCUUGGAAGAUGGGACUUGGCAGGAACUGUGUAGGAGGGGUUUUCCCAGUAGUGAUGUAUGGAAGUGAAAGCUGGACCAUCAAGAAGGCUGAUCGCCGAAGAAUGGAUGCUUUUGAAUUCUGGUGCUGGAGGAGACUCUUGAGAGUCCCAUGGACUGCAAGAAGACCAAACCUCUCCAUUCUGAAGGAAAUCAGCCCUGAGUGCUCACUGGAAGGACAGAUCCUGAAGCUGAGGCUCCAAUACUUUGGCCACCUCAUGAGAAGAGAAGACUCCCUGGAAAAGACCCUGAUGUUUGGAAAGAUGGAGGGCAGAAGGAGAAGGGGACGACAGAGGACGAGAUGGUGGGACAGUGUUCUCGAAGCUAGUAACAUGAGUCUGACCAAACCGCGGGAGGCAGUGGAAGACAGGAGUGCCUGGCGUGCUCUGGUCCAGGGGGUCACGAAGAGUCUGACACGACUAAACAACAACAACAAUGUAGGAGUGGGAUGGGGAGAUGGAAAUAUGAAAAGAUAUAGGGAAGAGAGGGCUUGGGAUGGUGGCUUUUGAGAAGGGAAUAGGGAGAGAGGUACUGACACUUCAGAUGGGCUGCAGUCACCUGCUUGCUAUAGAAAAAUGUGGGGUUGGCUUCUACAGCCCAAUUCCCCAUCAGGUGUCUUGGUGUUCCUUAAGUCCGUGAUCGGUCAGAGAAGAACGGAUAGAGGCAGGAUCCAGUGAAAGCAACGCAGGUCUUUAUUUUUCUGUUGCAACAGAGGCCCCCCACCCCCACCCUGCAUGGAGGUGAGAACCCAGAGCAAAGGUGUGCAAGAACCUUUAAAAACCUUUGAAAUUGCCCAACCCACUUCACCAAAGACCACCCAAAAAGCAUCAUUCAUAUGCCACAGAAAGAGGCGGUCCACAACAGAAAUUUGAGUACAGUAUGUAACCUUGGGUUACAUACGCUUCAGGUUACAUACGCUUCAGGUUACAGACUCCGCUAACCUAGAAAUAGUACCUCGGAUUAAGAACUUUGCUUCAGGAUGAGAACAGAAAUCAUGCUGCAGUGGCGCAGCGGGAGGCCCCAUUAGCUAAAGUGGUGCUUCAGGUUAAGAACAGUUUCAGGUUAAGAACAGACCUCCAGAACGAAUUAAGUACUUAACCCGAGGUACCACUGUAUGGCUUGUCUCCUGUCUGUCAAGAUAAUGCUUGCUUAUUGAAUUACCUGGCCAGCCUGGCCAUUCCUUUUGAGGUGGUAGAUCCCUUAGUUCUCCAAUCGAGGUCACAGGCCUACCCUAUUAAUGCAGAAAACAUGCCCUUAAGAUAGCACGUGUGCCUGCGAUUUCCGGCGUCUGCAUCUGCGCACACGCAAUUUCCGGCAUCUGUGCAUGUGCAGAUGCAACUUCUGGCACCGCGGAAGCGAGUCCCUGCACCGCACUGCACCAGUUUAAUGCAGCGCGUGGGUACUUGCCAAGCGGGCAGCUCAGUUUGGGGGCAGCUCAUGGGCAGGUUAAACAACCCCUGUGAGCCGCUUGUGGCCCAUGGGCCUUAGGUUGCCUACCCCUGAUUUACAGUCAUUAGGAGAGCCAAGAUGGCUUUUGGGAUUGUUCUGUGUGCUAAAAUAAAGUGCAAUUUUCUCAGGGAAUAUUUCCUAAAUUCUGAAGAGUGAAGGAUUGGUUUUCUGUGGAGUGUGUGUCCGCUGUGUGUGUGUGCACCAUACAAUUUUGUAACACCCUCCUAGCAUCCUGGAGGAUCUGUAAAGCCAUAGGAGGGGAUUUUUUGGUCUUGGACAGUGGAAGGAAGGCUUGGAAAUUGGGGACUGUAAACUGAAGAAGGGGGCUGAAAGGACCAUUGAAACUGCACAUGUGUGUUGAAAUGGUUAGGGUUUUGAUGUGGGUUUCGCUGUGGUUUCCCCUGUUUAUUUUUCGCCUUUCUGUUGUGCGGGACCCCAAGGUAGCUUCCAGCAAUAAGUGUUAUGGUUGGAGACGCUUAUCCACACCUUUCUAGGGAGCAUGUGAGUCUGGGGGGGGGGGCGGGUGACUGAAAGCAAGAAGGCCUGAGGGGAUGCGUUAGCAACCAGCAGGGUGGCUGGCAACUGGGGGGGGGGCUGGGUCUUACGGAGAAGAAAAGUGGGGUGGGAGUGAGGAGCAGGUGGUGGUCGGUGGGCUGGAUUUGCAGUGCAGCUUUAAGGCUUAUGGACAAGAAGAGAAGGGCCUUAGUGAUGUUGUGGUAUUUAGAGCUAAAGGGCGCAUCAGGGUGUGUUCAGGGCUGGGAGUGCCCUGGUGGAAGAUGCAGAUGCUCGUACAAACAGAUUUAGGCCUUGAGACAGUGCAGGGUGGUAUUGGCAGAUGGAUGGGCUGGGACACAUUGGUUCACUGAGAGGGAAAGAAUCGGCAUAAACAUGAUCGAGAGUGUUUAGGGAGUGGUUUGUGUGGUGUACUGGGUGGCUUUAAAUACUUUCACUUUAUCCUAAGGGCUCAGGGGAGGUUAUAACACUGAACAACACGGAGAGUUUCCAUUCCUGCAGAUCUAAAUUCAGUCUAGAUCAGUCACCAACUCUCUUAGUUCAACCAAAGAGACUCUGUCUUCUGUAAUCUAUUCAUAUUUUCCUAGUCCUCUCUAUUGCCGUGCAUGCAAACCCACCUCGGGUGCAGUUGUUGCAUCUAGACAUUUUUGUUUUGCUCUGGGUAUCUCCUUUGGACUCUGUCUGGAUCAAUAUCCAACAACUUGCAUUGGAAUUGCAAAAACAACACUGUCGUGUGCUAUUUACAGUAGUGUUUAGCUGUGCAUCAGAUGCCUCUGUUUUUUGGUUCAGCCUUCCUAAAAAAUAAUAAUGAUCUGGCAGUAGAGAACUGGGGUCAGUGAAUGGGUGAUCGGGAGGGAAGAGAAAGAGCAGCUAAAGGACAAAGCUAUUAUUUGAAAUGACACCGUUUUGGGGUUUGCAGGAUCCAGGGCUGGCAAUUCUGUGCAGCAGAGAUUGUCCAGUCAGCAGUUGAGCAGUAAUUGGUGUCAUUAACCUGCGAGCAACUGUGACCUAAGAAUCAAUCAGCUUUGAGAUGUUUGGUGGUUCCUGUGAAAGUGGUACAUAAACUGUGAAUAGGUUACGGAGCGGUGAUGCAGUCCUAUCCCAACAAUGCCAUGUUUGUUGCUUGCUCCUUGGAAUUUUGGUGUACUUUUUAAAAAGCCGAAGAGUCGCUGCAAAAAGCAGUUACUUCUUUGGGGAGGAAAAAAAUCUCUGCGAUGCAGUUCCUGCAGUUAGCAUUAGACCUAGGUUUCUAACCCCUAUCAAACAUGUUUGCCAAGUCAUUCUUGCCUGUAAAAUGCGUGUAAAAAAAGGUAAAGCAGUUCUUAGAGUAAGUGAUGUACCUGUAUAUAAUUAGGUUGCUGACAUAAAGUUACACACACCUGUGCUUCUUGGAAGUAAACAAACCUUCCACAGGUAAGAAUUGCUGGGCUGAGGCUAGAAGGCAAUGUUCUAGUCUGAUUUCCUUAGCCGAAGGCAGGGUCUUUCAAAUAAUGCCUUAUGGAUUAACCCCUCCACAUACAGAAUCUCUGUGCAUAUUUCUGUGGUCCAAGGUUGUGUGUACAAGAAAGAUCAAGGUGUAAUAGAUCAAAGGGUAAGGUGAGAGUAGAACCAAAGUCUGGGGCCUUUGUAAACCGAUUAAGGUACAGUUAUACUACUUGCCAGUCCUGCUGGAAAAUUCCCCAAUCCAAAUAUUAAAGCAGGGUUUCCUUUGUUUUCCUUGCCCACACACUAGUUUCUGGUGGCGGUGGGAGGGGCAGACUUUUGAUAUGAGGGGCUAUUUUAGAUGAGCAGCUCACCGCAUGAAAGGGAGGUGUAAUGAAGGAACAACGGCUUAUUAUGUUGCAUCUCAAGCCCUUUAUAGCACAGUCUCCCCAUUCUAUUACCAUCCCUCCAUAUCGCUAUCCAGCCAGAGCCAAUUUGAAUGUAAAUGCCUUGCUUGCUUCUGAAAAGCACCUCAUGUGCUCAUAAGAACACUCCUACUUUGUCAGAUCAAAGGUCCAUCUAGUUCAGCAGUUCUCUUCUCGCAGUUGUUCUAUGCCUCCCCUGGGAAGCCCACAAACGGGGCAUGAGGGCAAUCGUCUUCUCCUGCUAUUGCUCCCUAGUGCUGAAAUUCAGAGGCAUGCCACUUUUGAUCCUGGAGGGGAUCAUGCAGCCAUCUGGACAAGCAUAGAGUCCCACUCCCCACCCCCCAGAUUUGUUUGAUCCACUUGUGGAAGCCAGUUCAGAGUUUAACCAUGUGCUUGUGAGAAUCUCUUCUUCAUUAGGUUGGGUUGUUUUUAUGAGAGGGAGACAAACUUCUGCCUUUCCCAGGGGUUGGCAAGGUUUACCUUGCCUGGGCCGGUUCACUCCAGCAGAGAUCCCUCUGUGGGCUGGAUUGUGCGCAUGCGCCCAUGAUUUCUGGUGUCUGCGCAGACGCGAUUUCUGGCGCCGCAGAAGCGGGUCCCUGCGCCGCACUGCGCCGGUUUAGCGCAGCGCGUGAGCUCACCGAACGAGUGGCUCAGUUCGGGUGCGAAGUGAGGGGCCGGUUAAACGACCCCUGUGGGCCACUUGUGGCUCAUGGGCCUUAGGUUGCUGACCCCUGGCCUAUCCACUUUCUCCCCACACACUGCAUAAUUUUAUGCACCUCUCUCAUAUCCCCCUCCCCUUCAUCUGUUUUUAAAUAAAACUAAAAGCUUCCCAAACACCAAUUCCUGUGAGUCAGCCCUUCGGCCCUAACGAAUAAUUUGCUUGACCUUUUUGCACAAUGCUCCCUCUCCCGACAUCCUCCUGCUUGUUGGCCCUGUUGAUUCUGAUGUGGGAGGAACAAUGCCCCAUGUACAAAGGAAGACUUCUGAUUGAAUGGUUUCGAGCAGUUUUGCCAAGUGAAUUCGUGGUGCAUUGUUGUGUGACCUCCCUCCCUCCAACCUGCCCCCUUGGAUGCCCUGAUGCAUUCAGUGUCUGAUGAGGAGCUGUGCUUAACUUCAGAGAGUCCCGGAGGAAGCCGAUCAGUAGCUUCACCUACAGGUGUCCGGCAAGAGCAUCUUUGAGGACCCAGGCUGGGCUUUGGGAGAUAGGGAGGAAAGGGGCUGCUCCAGCAGAUUUUCCAGGGGACACUUGGAAGAGGCCAAAGAAGGAAAGGUCGUUUUUUUGUGGGGAUGGAUGUUAGCUUGGGCAAUAUGAGGAGAAGCAUGAUGCAAACGACUGGAAGAGAGCUAGUGCAGGAGGUGUCAGUAGCAGUAAAAAUGAUAGCAACAGGAACUGAGUGUCCGAUUCAAGAAGCUGGAAAUUUUGGGGGCAGCUCUUGGCUCUGGAGUUGCAUCACUCCAGACUGCCCUGCAAGGUCACAUCCAGGUUCUGCCGAGAAGCCCUGCGUCGGCGGUGGGAUGCUGACCACACACAGGGCUGUUUACAGCAGCGGUGUGCAGCGGUUUGUUGUUUUUUAGGGGAACAGUUAAGGCUAGAGGCUUGCAAGGGCGAUGUUACACGUGUGAGCAUUGCACCUUCCUCCCUGAGUUGGGCACAAGCUUCCCGUGAUUUGGGAAGGAGGCGCUAAUACUACUAAUAAUAAUAAUAAUAAUAAUAAUAAUAAUAGUAUAUUUAUACCCCGCCCAUCUGGCUGGGCUUCCCCAGCCACUCUGGGCGGCUUCCAGCAAAAUAUUAAAAUACAGUAAUGCAUCAAACAUUAAAAGCUUCCCUAAACAGGGCUGCAAGAGAACAUUUAGGGAACUGGCUUAGUCCCCCUAGUUCACUGACUACACACCACUGGUUUUGCAGCACUUUUGGGGGGUUACUCAAGGGUACACAGUAGCAGCACCUUUCUCCCCCCCCCAAAAAAAAUGUUAUAACUGUGGCACUUGCUGUAACAACUUCAUGGUGAGAGGGGAGCACAGGCCGUUUACUGUGGGGAGAGAGCACCCAUUCUCUGCAGUACUUUGCCUUUACCAUCACCCUGCCCUGUGUUUAUAAAUCCCAGCCUGACAAAUGAAUGCUGACAGCGCUGUAUUGUUUUUUCUCUUUCCGCCCUCCCCAGUUGUGCUGAUUGGAGACUCCGGGGUGGGGAAGAGUAAUCUCCUGUCCCGCUUCACACGCAAUGAGUUCAACCUGGAGAGCAAAAGCACUAUCGGUGUGGAGUUUGCCACCAGAAGCAUCCAGGUGGAUGGCAAGACGAUAAAGGCACAGAUCUGGGACACGGCUGGCCAGGAGCGAUAUCGCGCUAUCACCUCUGCGUAAGCCUCAAAAACUGCUCUGAUUCAUGGAUUGAUUAUUUAAUUUGAUAUCUUAAAAAAAUUACAGUGGUACCUUGGUUCUCAAACGCCUUGGUACUCAAACAACUUGGAACCUGAACAUUGCAAACCCGGAAGUAAGUGUUCCGGUUUAUGAACUUUUUUUGGAAGCCGAACGUGCUCCAUUUUGAUUGUUCUGCUUCCGAUUUGAGUGCCACACUUUGGUUUUGAGUUUUAUGCUGGCAGUUGGAGUGUUACGCUUCCGAUUUGAGUGCCACACUUCCAUUUUGAGUGUUAUGCUGAAGUCUGUCUGUUUUUGCUAUUUAUUUUGUGUUUUUGCGGCUUUUUUGUUUUGUUUUUGUGACUGUGUGGAACCCAGUUCAACUACUGAUUGUGUGACUGCAGUACAUUGUUUAUUGCUUUCAUUUUAUGGAUCAAUGGUCUCGUUAGAUAGUAAAAUUCAUGUUCAAUUGCUGUUUUAGGGGUUCUUUUUAACAGUCUGCAACGGAUUAAUCCAUUUCGCAUUACUUUCUAUGGGAAAGUGCGCCUUGGUUUUGGAGCGCUUUAGUUUUGGAACGGACUUCUGGAACGGAUUAAGUUUGAGAACCAAGGUACCACUGUAUCUCUAAGUGGUGUACAAAAAACUGAAUCAGCAACAGACGACUUAAACAAAACAUUACAAAAAACCCCACACAUACAUGUAAAAAUGUUACAUUAAUGCAAAGUUAAUAAUAUCUAUAAAUCAAUAUCAGUCCAUUUUCCUCCUGACACACACUCCCUCUCAGCCUCUGUGUUCUCGCCCAGGGUCCAGGCAAACUUUCUGCUCACCCACAAAAGAUUCGCAACAAAAAGAGUUGCCAGAAAGAGUGAACAUCACCUUAGUCUCUCUCUUUAGACUUGCUUUUUAUGGACAGGCCCAAGGUAGAUGACACUUCCUCAGUCUGCCUGCAGCUGUGUCCCAUUUAGCUGCCCCCUCCACACCCAGUACAGCAGGUUUGUUGAGUUUCCCAGGGGGUCCUAAGGAUGGGACGAGGGGCCCUUUCCACUCACAGCGGUUGAUUUCUAGAGGGUUGUCAAGUGCCUUCUGAGACUGUUGCAAAGCGCGCUGGACUCCGUAGACCUCUGUCUUAUUCAGCCUACGAGGCAUUGCUUAUGCAAGAGCACACACUUGGGAUUCCUGAAUGCAGAUUAGCCAACUCUCACAUCCUGGCUAUGCAAUCUUCUUCUGAAAUUUGAUUUCUUAAAAGUGCCUUGCUGACACUCUGUGUGACUGUGUGUUGAGGGGGCAAACAGCAAAUCGGCUCAUUCCAGGAUAAAGGAAUUCAGGCUGAGGUGACGGAAGAUUGCGAAUCGUGUCAUAAGCCUGAAUUGAGUCAGUGCUCAGAUGGGCUUCUCUUCUGGACCAAGUGCUUCUGAUUCAGCUUGCCUGACCUAAUAUUCCCCCUAUCCUUUGUUUAUUUGAAUGGGAGAGAAACCUAAACCUGGCCUCCCAGACCGCUUCAUAGUUGCUCAUGAAUUUCCCAGAGAAGCCAAUGUUUGCUUGAACAUCCCAUGACAUGGGAAGCUGCUAUAUACAGAGUCUGACCAUUGGUCCAUCUAGAUCAAUAUUGUAGACACCGAUUGGCAGUUGUUCUGUGCAGGGUUUUAGAGAGAAGGGCCCCAGGCAUAGGCAAACUCGGUGCUCCAGAUCUACCCGGACACUGAGGUCCAGCGCCGAGGGCCUUCUGGCGGUUCCCUCGCUGCGAGAAGCCAAGUUACGGGGAACCAGGCAGAGGGCCUUCUCGGUAGUGGCACCCGCCCUGUGGAACGCCCUCCCACCAGAUGUCAAAGAGAAAAAUAACCACCAAACUUUUAGAAGACAUCUGAAAGCAGCCCUGUUUAGGGAAGCUUUUAAUGUUUAAUAGGUUAUUGUAUUUUAGUGUCUUAUUGGAAGCUACCCAGCCAGAUGGGCGAUGUAUAAAUAAUAAGUUGUUGUUGUUGUUGUUGUUGUGACUACAACUCCCAUCAUCCCUGACCACUGGUCCUGUUAGCUAGGGAUGAUGGGAGUCGUAGUCCCAACAACCACAACAACAACAACAACAACAGGCUCCUAGGAAUUUUUACAGGCUAAAAGCUUUUAUGUGCCCUCCCAUAGCUUGAGUAGCAGCUGAGAUUAUUAUGCAGACAUAGGUGGCAUAGAUAGGGUUGCUGGGCAGAGCUCCUGGAAAGACCACUGUCUUUAAUAUCCUUUCACUUCAACCCUAAAUGCAUGAUCUUGGAGGUAAUCGUGGAAGGGGGUGCUUUUGUGAAGUUUGUGUGUGCAAGAUGUAGUAGUGGUAAUAAUAAUAAUAAUAAUAAUAAUAAUAAUAAUGGUAAUAAUAAUAAUAUUUAUACCCUGCUCAUCUGGCUGGGUUUCCGCAGCCACUCUGGGCAGCUUCCAACAAAAUAUUAAAAUACAGUAGUCCAUCAGACAUUAAAAGCUUCCCUAAUCAGGGCUGCCUUCAGAUGUCUUCUAAAAGUCUGAUAGUUGUUGUUCUCUUUGACAUCUUGUGGGAGGGCGUUCCACAGGGCGGGUGCCACUACCGAGAAGGCCCUCUGCCUGGUUCCCUGUAACUUGGCUUCUCACAGCGAGGGAACCGCCAGAAGGCCCUCAGCACUGGACCUCAGUGUCCGGGCAGAACGAUGGGGGUGGAGAUGCUCCUUCAGGUAUACUGGGCCGAGGCCAUUUAGGGCUUUUAAGAUCAGCACCAACACUUUGAAUUGUGCUCAGAAACGUACUGGGAGCCAAUGUAGGUGUUAUGUGGUCUCAGCAGCCGCUCCCAGUCACCAGUCUAGCUGCCGCUAGAAUGUAGGUCUUUUUUUAAAAAAAUAAAAGCGAGUUGCGCAAGUAAACAACUGCUCAAGUGCUGCUUUAAAAAUUCCAUUAAGCAGUUGAAUAAACAUGAAGUAUCGUAAUAAAUUUGCUUAAUUUAAUACCUGGUGUUAGUUUCUUUUAAAAGCAAAAACUGUUUGCUUACUUGCGUGAGUUGUUGUUCUGAUGCCCUGUACCCCUCCUCACAGGGGUCCAUCAGCAAAGUGUUAAUUAUUCUGAACUUUACACUGUCCUUUGCACACAGGAUGGAAGAUAAGCCUGGCUCAUACUUGCAGAAUUUUGGCAGUCUGUAACUUAACGGGCUGAGUUCUGCAAACAUUUGUGUGCCUGGUGCAAAUCCUGAAAAUCUUGGCAUUCAUUUUUGUUUGUGCAGGCAGCUUGUGUCCAGUUAGCCUCUAGACUGGUGGAACUCUGCCUGAUCCGUCUUCUAUGUGACUGCCCUUCAGAUAAGACCACUAUCGUGCCCCUGUCUUCUCUUUUCCCAUAUAAACAUAAUCCGCUUUUCCGUCCAGUUUGUCAGUGUCCUUCAGCAACCUCUGUUUCCAGAGACCCUUCCACAGGCUGAGUAACACCUGUCUAAAUAACUCUUUCAGCUAUUACCGUGGUGCCGUUGGAGCACUCCUGGUUUACGACAUCGCAAAACACUUGACAUACGAGAACGUGGAGCGUUGGCUGAAGGAGCUCCGGGAUCAUGCAGAUAACAACAUCGUCAUCAUGCUGGUGGGGAACAAGAGCGAUCUGCGUCACCUGAGGGCUGUGCCUACAGACGAGGCCCGCGCUUUUGCAGGUUGGGUUGUUACAAACUCUGGAUGUUGAUGCUCUUUGGCUGCCUGGCUCUCAUGGAAGCAUUGGCCAUGCUCCCUUUUAAGUGCCGAGGGAGUUUGCAAAUUGGCCACCUGGAAGAGGUGGUAUAAAGCUUCUGAGAGGUUGUAAUUUUAUGAAGCAGCAGUGGUGUGCUUAGUGCAGUGAAGUCAGGUCCUUGGCUGAAAGAGGCCCACAAUGUGGCGGACAACAGAGAGUCUCCGGUUAAGAGCUUUUGAAAAGGCUUAGGUAGAGGCAGUGUGGUGAUCAUCACUAAAAUAUUUAAUAUAAAUAUAGUUCUUUUUUUAAGAAAUUGCUCACAAGUACAUACAUUACUUUGGUUACUCUUGUAAGAGCCUGUGGGACUCACUGGUUGUAGUGUUGGACUUGGAUCAAGGAGGCCUGGGCUUUAAUGUCUGAUCAGCUGUAAAAUUGAAAUGUGUAAUUGGAGUGAGAAUAAACUGACUCACUCUCAAUUUACCUCCUAAGUUUGAUGCGGGGAUAAAAUUGCAUGUGACUGAGUAUAGGGUGGGGAAUGCACACGGGCACACCAAACUUGGAGGAAGGAUAACUUAAAACUAGGGGUUUUAUUUGAUAAUAAAGGUAAGCCAGUAUUCAUCCCCAUUUUACAAAUUUGGGGAUGCAAACAACUGACACUGAGAAACGAGGUUGCUGGAGGUUUCAAAUUAGAUCACGACUGGUACUUCUGAUUCAUAACUUGUGACACUAAAACAUCUGCCUUAUUUAUGCUAGUUUGCAAAUCUUAAUUGUUUUCCCUAUGCACAGCCAAGAUUGGCUACUGGGUGCAUUACUGAGCUGUGGUUAAUCUAAAACAAAAGUGGAAGCUUCUGAACUUUUCGCUGUGCUGGAAUAGGAGAUAGGGACCGGGGUAACUUUUCAUAGAAUUGUAGGAUGGGAAGAGACCCCAAGGGUCAUUAGCCUAACCCUCUGCAAUGCAGGAAUCAUAGCCUCAUAAUGUGAUUAGGUGUGCUAACUAAGCCAACAUUUCUCUUAGUCUUCAGAAUUCAGUUAUCUAAUAUGCUUUUGAAUUCUUUAAGGGGUGGGACGAAAGCGAUCUUUCUUCCUAUUGCUUGACUUUGAGGAGAGUGCCAUCUGUACAUGAAAAUAACUGCAGUGAUUUCCUCCCCUGCCCUUGCAGAAAAAAACAACCUGUCAUUCAUUGAAACUUCAGCACUCGACUCAACAAAUGUAGAAGAAGCCUUCAAGAACAUCCUUACUGGUGAGGAUUUCCAUUUAGAUUAUCUUUCUUGGUGUGUAAAGGGCAUGUGGGGCAAUGGAAAGGAAACACACGCCUGGAUUUGAUCUGUGGUCACUACAUAGGUGCCAACUCCCUGUGGCCCUGGGUGCCCGAGCACCCACAAAAUUCCCAGUGAAGGCACCAGGCACCCACUAAUUUCAGUGCCAGGGCCAUGCACGCUGCGUGGCAUCCACGGCCCCGGGCACCCACAGUUGUGGGGCCAAGUUGGAACUCCUUGGCCACCAUCAGUAUGUGUGGUCGGCAUCCCUUAACAGCUCUUUGAGCCUUGAAAUGUUUACCAUCAGCCUUGCACAUUUGCGUUUAGGGUUGUUUGUCAACGUGCAUGUAACUUGCUCCCAGAUUGCUGGAGAUAAUGGAUUGCUCCAGUGAUUUUGCUUAUCACUUCUGCGUGACUGCCUUGCCUGGAUAGGGGAAGAAGGCAGGUCUGUGUGUGUAUCUCUCUCUGUGUGUACAGGAAGGCUUUACAGUGGACCCUGUAGUUACGUACCGCUCUAGAUAUAUACCCUUCGGGUUAUGAACGCGGCAAACCCGGAAGUGUAUACUUCUGGGUUUUGUCAUGCGCACAUUUACAGAAGUGCUCUGUGCACUUUGUGCAUGCUCAGAAUCGCUCAAUCGUGCUGCGCACAUGCGCAGAAGCGCUUAAUUGUGACGUAUGCAUGCGCAGAACCGGUGCCUCUGCCUACGGACUUUUCGGGUUGCGGACGGACCCCCAGAACAAAUUUAAUUCGUAUCCAGAGGGUCCACUGUACUUUGAGCAUUCUUGGCAAGCUAAAUGCCAAGAGCCAUUGUUGAUGAUGGGCUUCUUUCCACCAACAGUAACUGAACCUACCCACACCCUGAGAUCACCGUCUGAAGCCCAUCUGCCUCCUCCAUGUGAGGUCUGGAGGCUGGCAACACGAGAACGGGGCCUUUUCUGCAGUGGCUCCCCGCUUGUGGAAUGCUCUCCCCAGGGAGGCUCACUUGGCACCUUCAGAAUACACUUUUAGGUGCCAGGUGAAAACAAUCCCCUUUCACCAGGCCUUUGGUUGACAUCCCAUGCCCUUUAAAAAUUUGUUGUGGAAGGGAGGGGGUUAUUGGGUUGUUCUUGUUUUUAUUUUGAUCAUGUAUUUGGUGUUUUUUAUAUUGCGAUUUUAUGGUGUGAACCGCCCUGAGACCUGUGGGUACAGGGCAAGUAUACAAAUUUAAUAACGAUGAUGAUCAUGAUCGCACCAGUCUUGCUACUGCAAGUGGAGCAGGGCUGGGGUACCCAGGUGGAUGUACUUGGGGCAUUCCCUGUAAUAUGUGAAUUGCAAAGGUAAAUGGGUCUGGAUCUGGUCCCUGACUGCUUAAAACCCCACAUUUAUGCCACCUUGGGUUCCAUGAUGGGAGAAAGGCGGACUACAGAUAUAACAGAAUGCAUAAUAAAUACAACCACGUGUGCCCUGUGUUACAUGUGGUGGCUUCCUUGGUGUGGGUCCACAGUCAAGAAAAAGGGAGGAAAGGGGCUUCCACUCUGCAAGGGCACACAGUACAGUGGUGCCCCGCAAGACGAAUGCCUCGCAAGACGGAAAACCCGCUAGACGAAAGUGUUUUCCGUUUUUGAGUUGCUUCGCAGGACGAAUUUCCCCAUGGGCUUGCUUCGCAAGACGAAAAUGUCUUGCGAGUCUUGAGAUUUUUUUCCCGCUUUUCCCCCCCUUUAUCUAAGCCGCUAAGCCUUUAAUAGCCUUUUAGCAGCUAAUCCGCUAAGCCGAUAAGCCUUUAAUAGCUGCUAAACCGCUAAUAGCGCUAAUCCGCUAAGCCGCUAAUAGGGUUGCUUCGCAAGACGAAAAAACCGCUAGAUGAAGACACUCGCGGAACGGAUUAAUUUUGUCUUGCGAGGCACCACUGUAUACAGACUGAAUGCCUUUGGCUCGCAUCAUUUCCUCAGGCUGUUCAGUGCAGAGGGCUGUAGGCAAGACGUGCCUUUGGUUCUUUCUGUGGACUAAACCACAGAAAGCUUUCAAGGUGUGUUCUGCGGAAUUCUCUUGCUCCUUAGUAAUGGCAAGGACGCUUGACAGGAUCGCGGCCCUGCAAUGCGCAGCAGCUGGGAAUGGCAGUGCGUUGGCAGGGCAAAAGUCCAGGUCACUGAGCCGAGGUUUCGUGCGUUGGGUGACCGGUAUGCCGGACCCAAACGACUCUCUUCUUUGGACUCUUUGCUGUGGAUAGUGGCUUCUUUCCCCCUGGGGAAAACGUGUGCUUGUAUCUGAGUCCCCCUUCUGGUCUCCUUUCCGCAGAGAUCUACCGCAUUGUGUCGCAGAAGCAGAUUGCGGACCGGUCCGCCCACGACGAGUCUCCCGGCAACAACGUGGUGGACAUCAGCGUGCCCCCCACCACCGACGGACAGAAAUCGAACAAACUCCAGUGUUGCCAGAACCUGUGA